AGCCCAAGCCCGGCCCGGUUGCCUCGGCCUGGCCUGGCCCCGGCGGUGGCUGCGGUGGAGAUGGACGGGGCCGGCUGGGCACCUCCGCAGCUGGAAGAUUUCUUGCUCACCGAGCGAUUGGGCAGCGGCACCUACGCCACCGUCUUCAAAGCCUACAGGAAGAAGAACGCCCGAGAAGUGGUAGCCAUCAAAUGCGUGAGUAAGAAAAAAUUGAACAAAGCCUCGGUCGAAAACCUGCUGACCGAAAUAGAGAUCCUGAAGAAUGUCCGGCACCCUCAUAUUGUGGAGUUAAAGGACUUCCAGUGGGACAAGGAAUACAUCUACUUAAUCAUGGAAUACUGUGCUGGAGGUGAUCUGUCCCGUUUUAUUCGUAGCCGGAGGAUUCUUCCGGAAAAGGUGGCUUGUAUAUUUCUACAACAACUGGCUUGUGCCUUGAAGUUCCUUCACGAGAAGAAUAUCUCCCAUCUGGACCUCAAACCCCAGAAUAUUCUACUGAGUUCCUUGGAAAAACCUCAUCUCAAGCUGGCAGAUUUUGGGUUUGCACAACACAUGUCCCCCAGGGACGAAAAGCAUGUGCUGAGAGGUUCUCCACUGUACAUGGCGCCAGAAAUGGUGUGCAGUCGGCAAUACGAUGCUCGGGUAGAUUUGUGGUCGGUGGGCGUGAUUCUCUAUGAGGCUCUCUUUGGCCGGCCUCCUUUCGCCUCCAAAUCGUUCACUGAGCUGGAGGAGAAGAUCCGGAGCAGCCAACCUGUUGAGCUUCCCAGCCGCCCCCGACUCUCCCCGGAAUGCCGGGAUCUCCUGCAGCGGCUUCUGCAAAGAGACCCCCAGCAGCGUAUCUCCUUCCAGGCGUUCUUCGCGCACCCCUUUGUGGACAUGGAGCACAUGCCCAGCUCGGAAAGUUUGGGGAAAGCCACCAAACUCGUCAUGGAGGCCAUCAAGAAGGACCAAGAAGGUGAUAUGGCCAGCGCCCUUUCACUUUACUCCAAAGCUCUGGAGUACUUUGUUCCUGCCUUACGCUAUGAAUGGGAUGCCCAGCGGAAGGAAGCUAUCCGAUCCAAGGUGAGCGAUUACAUUUCUCGUGCCGAGCAACUCAAGGCACUGGUGGCGUCCGACAACAAAACCCUUUUGCAAAAAGGCUGCCCUGGACGGGACAUUUUAAAAGGUAAAUUUCUAAAGGAGGGAAAAAUUUCUGGAUGAGGUAGCAUCAUCAAAACCUUUGC